UUCCGGAGGUGACUAACAUUGUGAUAGUCAAUGGAGUUCAACUCAAUUACCAUGACACUAAUGUUGGUCGGAUGGUCCCCAGGUAGCAGUUCAUGGUGGACUAUUUUGAUGCAGAAUAUUGGCAAUAUCUCACAGGUCUCGGGAAUACACGAUCAGACAUGGCAAAGGAGAAUCUGAAUACAAUGAUGAAAAGGACAAACCGGACAUCUGGAAUUCACACGUUUCAAUGGAUAGCAAUUGCCGAGAUCACUGAUGACGGCUCUAUUAAGAGAUCAAUGCGAGUUGGAUUUGAUGGAAAGGAUUACCUCAGCUUAGAUCCAGAUAGAAUGAGAUGGAUCGCAACCAAUCACAAUGCAGUGAAGACUAAAGAGAAAUGGAAUGCUGAUGAAUCCUGGAACAAAUAUUGGGAAACACAUCUCGAGCAAGGGUUUGUUGAGCAUUUAAAGCGAUAUCUGGACGCUGGAAAGCGGUAUUUUGGAAGGAAAAUUCAGCCUGAAGUGUUCAUCUCCAGGAGGGAGCCCAAUGGUCAGGACAAGCCACUCACUCUCUCCUGCCUGGUCACUGAGUUUGAUCCUGUAGACAUCGAGGUGACCUGGCUAAGGAAUGGAGAGGUCAUGUCUGAGACCCAAUCCUCAGGGGUACGACCGAACCACGAUGGGACCCAACAGAUCCAGAAAGAGAUUGAGAUCAAUGCUGGGGAUGAGGAUCAAUACUCCUGUCAAAUUGAACACAGCAGCCUGGCAGAGGGCAAGCUCAAUCAGUGGGAAAUCCCAGAAAACAGUAUGGUACGUUCCCAUCUUAUACUUUUGAUUGGAUUAAUCGCUGCAAUGGCUGCAAUUUUCGGAAUAAUCAUCUGGAAAAGGCCCUGGAGAGUUUCGGCACAACCAGAGCCUGAUCACGCUCUCCACCAUCAGGAAGCCAUGGAUACUGAGGUAGAACAGAUGAUAACUGAAUCUAACUCACAGUUCACAACAAAGCCUGUUCUGGGAGAAUCAGAACACAGCACAGGACCACAUAACUCAGUGGAAGGAAACAAAACCACAACUGAACAAGAACAGAAUUCAGUCCAAAGAGAUAAUUCAGUUUCUGAAAACAAUUAUUCUGAUAUUAGUUAUGGAAAAGUUAAUACAGGAAACAGUAUUCCCAAACUCCUCAUGAAAUUAGAGUAUCAAAGUAAGAAGCUGAUCCUGAGUGACAUUCUCAGCAUAAAUACAGAAACACUUCAAAAUCAAUCACCUGAUUCACCUCAGGAAAUACCAGGAUAUUUUCUCCGGAAUUUAAUGAUGGUUCAUUCCAGGGCAAGAAAUUUUAAUUAUGAACUAACUAAGACACAAAAUCAGUCAGAAUCAGAAAACUUGGAUUUUCUAUCUCAGGAUGAACGCAGUGAAGGUUUAUACCAUCCCCUGGAUAUCAUUGUGUCUAUUUUCCUGUGUGCUGACCCAUUCGUGCAGCAGGAGCUGAUGGUAAAGAUGUCCCUGUGCCAGUUUGCAUUGCCAUUGUUACUGCCUGCUGGCAACAAAGGCUGCACCUUCCUCCUGUGGGCCCUGCGCUCCAUUGUGAAGAAGUGGUGCCCACUCUCACUCCGAGAUAGUGUAGUCUUUAAGGAAACAAAUAUGGUGACUGCCGACAUUCCCAUCUUUUCCUUCAUUCGACUCGGUUCCUGCUCCAUCUCCAAAUCAAUGAUUCUAAAUGAAGUCCUCAGCCCCUCCCAGCAACAUCACAACUUCUUCAUCCAUCACAACAUGGAGGGCGGUGAUAUCCCUCGCAGGAUUUCUGAUGGUCUUGUCGAGUUGUGCUGGUACCUGCCCAGUGGGAGUGAGGAAUUGGACCUUUUCCCAGAGCCAAUGACCAUAUUAAACCUUCGAGGUGACGGUAAAGAGUUUCACACACAGGUUCAGUUUCUGACAACCAUCUCUUCAGCUGUUUUUAUUUGGGUUGAUAAUGUUGACAGUGGCUCAAGCAAGACCCUGAAGUCUCUCGCCCAGUCUCCAGCGAGUACAUACAUAGUGCUCACUGGGAGCAGUGUGAGCAGUGAGACUAAAGGGCAUUUAAAGGAAUUCAUUACAUCCUCAGUGUUUAAAAAGGAACAAAUAUUCUUUCAAGGAAAAAGAAACAAUGCAGAGUUUACUAAGACACUGCGAUCCACAUUGAAAAAGGCCUUGGAAAUAACCCAUCAAAAUAAUAUUCGGAACCCCAGCCAUUUGGAGACACUGGCAGUAACUGCAAGGGAGAUGGGGUUUGCAAUAGAUGAGGAUGACGAGCUGUGUUCACAGGGUAAAGAAAAAUCUGGUAACAUUUCUAACCCUAUUGAAGGAGAGACCAUUAGCCAAUGCAAAUCAAAAAACAUGUCUUUUCAGGGUUUCACUUGGCAACAAGUUUCCAAAAUAGAAAAAGAACAAUGUCGCCUAAAACAGGGAAAAGAGAGUUCACCACAAAAAUAUUGGAAUGACCUUGAGGAAGAGAAGAGGAAACUCCUAAAGCAGCAGCGAGAGAAAGGUAUAUCGGCUGAUAUGGAAAGAUUUAUGACAGCCCUGAGAGACAGGGAUGAGAGGACAUAUUUCCUGCAGUGGAUGAAAUUCCGGUUGGAUUCCAGAUCGAGAGACACUCUCUCUGUUUUACGUGAACAGUAUAAAGCUUUGUAUGAGAAAUCUCAGGGACAGUCAACAGAGCAGAAAGACCCGACAAUCAACAAACAGUUACAGGAAUUAGACCGACAGAUAACUGCCAGCUCCCUUGGACUUGAACACUUCAUGCGAGAAAUCGGACUGAUCUAUGAAACACUGAUAAAACAGGAGAACCGUAAUGAGGAAGAGAGAGACACAGUGCAAAUAUUACCCCACUUUGCUGCUGACCUGAUGUUGGAUGGGUUCCCUCUGGAGCUCAUCGAUGGAGAUGUUUCCAACAUCCCUUUACAGUGGGUCGCUGAUGUACUGAAGGCAGUUGAAGCCAGGAUUGGCAGAGAGACCCAUGUGUUCGUGCUGACGGUACUGGGUGUGCAGAGCACAGGCAAGUCCACACUUCUCAACACCAUGUUUGGUUUGCAGUUUGCUGUGAGCAGUGGGCGCUGCACCCGUGGGGCCUUCAUGCAGCUCAUUAAGGUUACAGGAGAUCUGCAGAAGGAGCUGGGCUGUGGGUACAUCAUGGUGAUCGACACUGAGGGGCUGAAAGCACCAGAACUGUCAGACAUUGACGGCAGCUAUGAACAUGACAAUGAGCUCGCCACCCUGGUGAUCGGGUUAAGUGAUGUCACAUUGAUAAAUAUGGCCAUGGAGAACUCCACCGAGAUGAAAGACGUGCUGCAGAUAGUGGUCCAUGCAUUUAUACGAAUGAGAGAAGUAGGGAAAAGGCCAGUUUGUUACUUUGUUCACCAGAAUGUGAGUGACGUGGCUGCUCAUGAUCAGAAUAUCAGAGGCUGCAAACUUCUGCUGGAACAGCUGGAUGUGGUGACACGGGCAGCAGCUAAAAUGGAAAAAAGGGAUGGACAGUUCAGCAAGUUCUCCGAUGUGUUAGAGUAUGAUCCGAUGGAGAAUAACUGGAAUAUCCCAGGCCUGUGGCACGGGAAUCCACCCAUGGCAGCUGUUAAUACCAGCUACAGCCACAAGGUGUUUGAGCUGAAGAAAAGGCUUUUUCAGAAUCUGAAAGAGAAGAGAAGAAAAGGGAGACUGUCGACCAUCUCGGAGUUUAUCGAGUGGACUAAAUCCCUGUGGAACGCAGUGAAAUAUGAGAAUUUCAUCUUCAGUUUCCGGAACAGUCUGGUAGCCGAAGCUUAUAAAGAACUCUCUGUCACAUACACCGACCUGGAGUGGGAACUGAGGAAAGAGAUACAUUCCUUCCUGCAAAGGGCACAGAACCGAAUCUUUAAUACAAAACAGGAUCCAGAAAGGGAAGCUCAAAACUUGAAAAGUGAACAGAUUGCAUUGCUCAAUGAUCAGAAAGGAAAAGCUCUCCGAAAAUUAGAGGAAUAUUAUUCCACUGACAAUAACUCAAACCUUGUCGAAAAAUACAGGGAAGAUUUUGUCGGAAGCAUCAAUUCUCUGAUCAUUGAACGUGGGAUGUACAUGGACAGAAAGUGUAAUGAAGCAGUGCAAAGGAAGAGAGCUUUGCAGAAGGUGAAUGAGAUUAAGGAACAAUAUCAGAGUCAGAUUGAAGAACAGGUCAAUAACCUCCUACAGCAGUGCAGACAGGAAAACAGGGAAAUGAAUGAAACACAACUGGAGAGCGCGUUUGAGAAAAUGUGGCAAGAGACAAUUUCAAUGUUUAACUACUCACCACCCCCAAAAGCCAAUAUAAUGAAGGACAUGGAACAAAGUCUACAGCAGAACAUGCCUGCGAACACCAAACUCCUCAAUGAGCAACUUAGCAAGAAAACCCUAUGUCAACUGAGUGACGUAAAACUCCAAGUAAAUGACAGCCAUAUUCAGCAAUAUGGUUGGAAAUGUGUUAAUAAAGUGAAGUCUUUUUUUUCUGGUAAAAAUGACAUACCAAGUGCCCAGGAGCUGUGUGCUCAGUGGGUGAGGGAGUGUAAACAGUUUGUGAAUCAGACAGUGAACCAGGAACAGGAUUAUGAUUCUAAUCAUUGCAGAGAACUCCUGAGAGUCAUUGAUGGGAAAAUCCAGACACACCAGGAUCAGAGAUUCACUUUUACUCAACAAUUCAGUGUGGAUUUUAAACUUCAUAUCUGUGGAUUUGCCAUUAAAAAAUAUGAAGAAGUGCAGGAAAACUUCCUGAAGAAACACAACCCUGUGGAGCAGUUACAAAAGGAGAAAGCAGCUUACUGCCAAAGUUUUAAGGACACCUACCAGGAGAAAGACCAAACUAAACGGAGAGCAGAAAUGUUCUGUGAAAAUUGCCUGAUUCCAGCCAUAAUCCAAGCUGUGGAGAACAAACUGGGAUCGAAUAUUGCUCAUCACAUGAGGUACAACUGCAAGGGAGGGAAAUUCUUGUACCGGAAAAACUUCCAAGUGGCUCUGAUGCUUCACUUGAAGGAGAGAGAUACUUUUGAACAAUAUUACCGAUAUAUAAAUCACACCAUGUCAUUUGAAAAAGAUUGGCUGAAAGAACAAGUUGUCCUUUAUUGUACAGCCACAGAUGAUGGACAAGUCCCUCUGCUGUGCUCUCACGCACUCACUAUUCUGAAAGGGGUUAUCACCCAGGUGAGGGAAACUCUGACAGAUAUCACACAUCCAAAUAAUGAGCAAUCAGUGACUGGGAUCAUUCAGACAUUUAGGGCAAAACUGGGGGAUGAGAUACAGAUUCCACAAGAGACACUGGGACCUGUUACUUUUCAGUCUGAAAAGAUUAACGCCCAGAACUUCAAACAAGAAAUUGAAAACUUUAUCAGUACAAAUGAUCUGAAGGAAAGGGUUCAAGAUUGGGGGAAGGAUAUUGCUGGGAAAAUCUCUGCUCUCCCCACAGAUCCAUCCAGUGAACUGUACACAAUGUUAUGCGGCUGUGGGGAGCGGUGUCCCUUCUGUGGAGUCCUGUGUGAUUGUACAAGCAGGGAGCACUCACAGCACAGCACUGAAUAUCACCGGAGCAAAGGGCUGAAUGGAGAAAGAUAUUUCACUACUGAGAUAUUGGUGUCAGAGAAUUGUACAACAGCUGUUGGGAGUGAUGGCAGUUUCAUGAAUGAAGAUACCGGCGGGAAAUGGUUUCCUACCAAGAACUACAGGCAACUCAAUGAUCGGUACAAACGCUGGAACAUUCCAUUUGAUACCAGCAUCGAGACGUCAGCCUUUUGGAAAUGGGUUUUCUAUAAAUACAACACCAAAUUUGCUGAUAAAUACUCAGCGAAACCAGCAGACAGCAUUUCUAGUUGGAAUAUAUCUUGGGAACAAGUUGAAAAAGAUAUUGAAGAUAAAUACAAAUUAACAAUUAGUGAGUUAAAAUAGCUUGCUGACUUCAAACACAGACCCUGAGAAGCCCCUUUUCCUCUUCGCCCCCAUCCAUACCAUCCCACUUACUCUCGGAAGCUGUCUGCCUCUUCCUCUUUGCUCCCCCCCACCUCCCUGUUAUGAUACUCAUCUCCAGAAAUCUGCCAGCCCCACCUCCCACCUUCAUUCCAAAGUGCUUUAUUGGUAUCUCUUCAGCUCACACCCUGGCCUACUGGAAGGUCAUGGAGUGGCAGAGACAGCAGCUCUGAGAAAUUUCCAGCCUAUUUACCAGGUUUGAAGGAGUUUCUAAAUGUGCAGCUGAUGGUUAGCAGGUGGAAAAACAAACCCGUUCCCACAUGUGAAUAAUUGACCAGAAAAUUAAAUUUGGGGUUAUUGUUUAUUCACCUUUAAUAAGUAAUUUCUAUAAUGCCUACAAACCAGAGUGAGACAGGUAUCUGAUUGGGUCUCCUGCUUUACUGCCAGGCAGGAAGUUGACACUCCUCUUCUUAAUGUCACUAAAAGGAUCUCAUCUGAAAAGGGAAGCUGCCUUUUUGUUCUUCCAACUAUCUGUCAUGAAUUCACCUGAUCUUCUAUUUUGAACUAUCUCUUUGAAAGUCAAAUAAG